AUGACAGAUGACAGUGAGGGGCAGCACAAUGAGCAAGAAGCUCCGGAAUUCAUCUACCCACCCUCCUUCACAAUAUUAUCAGAAUAUCCACCCAGCUUCUCCAUGACUAUGACAUCUGGUGCUGGAGAAAAUGAUGACACUGUCCAGACUGCCCUCAAGUUUACAUACAGUAAAAAAUAUCCUGAUAAAGCCCCCCUUUAUGAAAUAUGCUCCCAGGAAAAUCUAGAAGAUAAUGAUGUCUCAGAUACAUUAAAAUUAUUAGCAUUACAGGCAGAGAAAAACUCUGGUAUGAGGAUGAUCUUAGUAACAGUUGUGCAAGAAAAAUUAAAUGAAACAGUAGACCAAAUAAAAACUAGAAGAGAAGAAAAGAAACAAAAAGAAAAAGAAGCAGAAGAAACUGAAAAGCAAUUAUUUCAUGGCACUCCUUUUACAACUGAGAAUUUCUUCAGUUGGAAGGCCAAGUUUGAUGCAGAAUACUUGGAAAUUAAAAAGAAACAAAUGAAAGAAGAGCAAGCUGGAAAAAAUAAAUUAAGUGGAAAACAGCUACUUGAAACAGAUCAUAACCUUGAUACAUCUGAUAUCCAGUUCUUGGAGGACGCUGGAAACUACGUGGAGGUAGAUGAGUCAUUGUUCCAGGAAACGGAUGAGGUGGAGCUGGAGGACAAUGAGGAUGAUCCAGAUUACAAUCCUGCUGACCCAGAGAGUGACUUGACUCACUAA